GGCAGCUGGUUCUGCAGCGGUGGCAGCUAGCAGCAGUACGACCAUAAUAAAAUCUGAACAUCAUGUCAGUAAAUGCGCAGUAAACGAAAUAUACUCGGAGUGUCCAGAAAAACUUUGCGAGCCUCAAAUAUGUGAAGACGUUGGGAUUCCACAGUGUUCAACACAUGAUAAAAGGCGUUUCGACAAGAGUGGGCCCUGCCCUGGGCCUCCUGCUUGCAUCUGUGUUGAGGGUUUUGUAAGAAAUGAUAACGGCAUUUGUAUGCCAGCUAAAGAAUGUCCGUCUUGUGGCAAUGACAAGAACGCGACGUACGGAUGUGGUGUGAACUGUGGCCGGCGAUGUUCCAACUACAUGUUAUCCAAUGUUAUAUGUGCUGAUGUAUGCUACACCAAUGGAUGUGAUUGCAAAAAGGAUUAUGUCUUCGAUGACUAUCUUGGCUUCUGUGUCCUGCCACAGGAUUGCAAAACGACUACAGAGUCAAAAACGGAUUCAUCAUCUAUAACGGAAUCUAAUGAAAAGGCGGUUUCAACUACUGAGAAAUCAGAAAUGACAACUAAAGGAUCUGAUAAAAUAGUUAUACAGUCAGCACUAGUUGGUAUAGAAUCUGGUGGAGGAUCAGAUUCAACUACUGAACAAUCACAUAUGACAACUGAAAGUGGAUCAACAACGGAAGAAAUUGAAAUGGGCAAGACCACAACAUCGGAAUCUGGGAAAGAAUCAACGACAGAAAAAAUGGCGACUCUUAUGACCACGGCAGUAGAAUCUGAAAAUGGAUUAACAACAGAAGAUGAGACGGGUAUAAGUAUGACCACAGAAAAAUCUCCAAAUGGAUCAACAACAAAAGUAAUGGAAUCUGGAACCACCAUAGCAGCAAAAUCUGGAAAAGAAUCAACGACAGAAGGAAUGGCGACUGUUAUGACCACGGCAGCAGAAUCUGAAAAUGGAUCAACAACAGAAGAUGAGACGGGUAUGAGUAUGACCACAGAGAAAUCUGAAAAUGGGUCAACAACAAAAGGAAUGGAAUCUGGAACGACCAUAGCAGCAGAAUCUGGAAAAGGAUCAACGACAGAAGCUGAGACGAAUAUCACCACAGAAAAAUCUUUAAAUGGAUCAACGACAAAGGCUGAGACGGAUAUGACCACAGAAAAAUCUGAAAAUGGAUCAACGACUAAAGCUGAGACGGAUAUGACCACAGAAAAAUCUGUAAAUGGAUUAACGACAAAAGCUGAGACGGAUAUGACCACAGAAAAAUCUGAAAAUGGAUCAACAACAGAAGAAGCUAAAUCAAACAUAACAACAGAUGAUUCCAAAAAUGGGGAAGCGACGGAACAUUAUUUAAGUAAUCAAUCAACAACUACAAAAGGGCCAAUAUCAACGACAACAAUGAUAACUCUUAAACCAAUAACUACUACAAAAAUACCACUUACGACGACUACUUCAGUACCUGAGACAACAAUGAAAACAACAACUCACACACCUAGCACAACUAAGGCACCAAUAACUACAACGAAAUCAGUCACCACACAAACAACGCCAACAACGGAAGCAUCAACCACAAAAGGACCGAAAGAUUGCAAGGGCCGCAACGAAUGGUACUACGAUUGUGCACCUUCAUGCCCUCAAAGGACUUGUGAAGAUUACUUAAAUGGUGUUAGAUGUCAAGCAUCUGAUAGGACCACAGGAUGUAAGCCCGAAUGUCGCUGUUUGGUUGGUUAUUUCAAGGACGCAGAAGGAAAAUGCGUCAGCAGAUUAGAAUGUAGGAAAUCGUCGUCUUCUACUGGUAUGAUAUCCACAACAACCAUAUCAACAACAGAAGAACCAACUUGUGAAGAACAAGCCAUUCCAUUAUUCGCUGUAGGAAGUCUUGGAUACACCUUGAAACUAUUAUAUGAAAUAUCACUAUCAAACCCUGGACAUAGCGUAAUGGUAGGAGGAGCAUCAGUCUUAUACCUGAUGGGUCAACUGGCUUUAUAUGCUAAGGGCAAGGCAAAGACAGAACUCUUAAAUGUAUUCAACCUUAAGGACACAGAACAGAUAUCCUGUGCAUUCCCAAAAAUAUCAGCUGCUCUUACAAUGGAGUAUUCUGACAUCGAAUUUAGCCUGUUCUGCAAAAUAUACGCUGACAAUGAAUGUGCAAUGACAGAAGAAUUUAUCAGUAAAACAGAGGAAAUAUUCGCCAUGGCGCCAGAAAACCUUGAUUUUACGUCUUCUAAAACAGCGAAGACAAUAAGUGACGAAGUGAAAAGAAUGACAAACGGAAACUUUGAAAAUUAUUUGAAACCAAAAAUUUCAGCUACACUCGACCAUUUGAUUAUGAUCGAUGCCGAAAGUUUUCAGGGAAAAUGGGAGAAACAAUUCAACCCGUCAGAAACAACAUUGAAAGACUUUUACUGGAGUGGAAGAAUCAGUAAGGUCCAAUGUAUGUACCAAAAAGACACGUUCCUGUAUCUAGAGAGUUCCGCACUCAGCGCUAAGGUACUGAGAAUGAACUACGUCGGUGGAAUGUUUGGUCUCGUGAUAUUCCUACCGAACAGUUUUACUGGAUUGAACGACUUGCUAAAGAAACUUCAGAACACAAACGCCGUGUAUUCAGCUGUUAGCAGUCUGACUAUGCAAAUGGUCGAAAUAGAUUUACCCAAAUUCGAAAUAUCUGUUGCGAAUAGGUUAAAGAAGCCUUCGGAAAAGGCGGGCGUAACAAGGAUAUUCAGUAACACAUCCCUUGGACUGGAAAGCGUUGCGUCUUGUGAAAUACCUUACGUUAGCGAGAUCCUGCAGAAGAUUACCUUCCACGUUGACGAAUAUGGCAUGGGAGAGACUUGGGAUGUUGUCUACGAUUGUGCUAAAAAUGAGACACUAGACUAUUGUGUAUCGGACUGUCCACCUCGUUACUGUGGUGUGAAUAUAGCCGCAGUAUUGUGUGCUCCAAUCGAAGAGUGUGAUUGCAAGAAAGGCUGCCGCUGCAAAGACCACUAUUUAAGAAACGGAGAUGGAUUCUGUGUCCACGAAAAAGAUUGUCCUAAAUGUCAUGGACUGAAUGAAGAGUACGACGUAUGUCCAAACCCUUGUCCUCCACAAAAAUGCGACGUUGACCCAAAUACUAUCGAUUGCCCUGAUCCACCACAACCUGGUGAUAAGAGAUGUAUACCAGGAUGCCGCUGCUUUGAAGGGUAUGCAAGAAAUGCUUCUGGAGUAUGUGUGCCCAGGGACGAAUGUCCACCAUCUUGUGGCGAGAAUGAGAUCUAUUAUGAUGGUACCACAGAUAUUUGCAGGCCUUUAGAUUGUUCCCAAGUAGGGUUCACUGAACCUUGUACAGAUUCUGUAGAAGCUGGCUGCAUUUGUGACUAUGGAUAUGUCUGGGAUAGUGAAGGCAAUUGUAUACCCAUGACGGACUGUCCGUCUUGUGGAGGAGAUAGCAACGCUAUAUCGGGUUGCGGAACAAACUGUGGCCAACACUGCUACGAUUACUACAACCACACAGUUCCUUGCAAAGAAAUAUGUUACGAAAAUGCUUGCGAUUGCCGAAAGGGAUACUAUUAUGACGACAAACAAGGGAAAUGUGUUAAACCUGAAAAAUGCACAUCGAAAUGCCCCACAAACGAGACGCUAGACUCAUGUAUAUCAGACUGUCCACCUCGUUACUGUGGUGUGAACAUAGCUGCAGUAUCGUGCGCUGCUAUACCUGAAUGUGACUGCGAGGAAGGAUGCCGAUGUAAAGACGGAUACUUACGUAAUGCUGAGGGAUUCUGUAUACGUGAAGAAGACUGCCCCAAAUGCCACGGAAAGAAUGAGGUAUACGACGUAUGUCCAAACCCAUGUCCUCCUCAACGAUGUGAUGUGGACCCCAGAGUGAUCAGAUGCGCCACUCCUCCAAAACCCGGCGACGACAGUUGUAAGCCAGGCUGCCGAUGCAUAGAUGGUCAUGCCAGAAAUGCUGAUGGAGAAUGCAUACCUAGAGAAAAAUGUCCUGGUUGGUGUGGAGAAAACGAAGUAUACCAUGACGGUACCUCACAGGUUUGCCAACCGAUGGAUUGUUCUGAAGUCGGGUACCCUACAUCGUGCUCAGAUGUAGAACCUGGUUGUAUAUGUGACUUUGGAUAUGUUAGGAAUAGCGAUGGUAUAUGCAUACCUAUGAGAGAUUGUGAAUCAUGUGGAGGUGAUCCCAACGCAUGGUCAGGUUGUGGAGUGAACUGCGGCAAACGUUGCUCCGAUCUGUUCAACAUUACAAGGCCAUGCCUUAAAAUAUGCUAUCCAAACUCGUGUGAUUGCAAGGAUGGUUUCUAUUAUGAUGAGAACCAGAAAAUGUGUGUUCCUCCUGAAAAGUGCACCAAACCUUGCGGUAAGGAUGAAGUAUUUUCAAACUGCGCCAACGAUGACUGUUCUCCGAAGAAUUGUUCGCAAUUAGGAUUCCCGAUGCCUUGUCUGGAAUCCGAUAGCACACAUUGUACCAAGGGAUGUAUUUGUCAAGAAGGAUUUGUGCGGGCGGAUAACGGAACUUGUAUACAGAUAAAGGAUUGUCUAUCUUGUAAUGGCGACCAUAAUGCUGAACCGGGUUGUGAUCAAGAUUGUUCCGAGCGCUGUCCUGGACCUGAACCAGACGAGUGUGUGUGCAAUAAAGACAGUUGUAAAUGCAAGGACGGAUAUGUAUACGAUCCCAAAACCAAGAAAUGUGUUCGGCUUGAAUCUUGUAAACCCCCUUGUGGCAAACACGAAGUCCUCUCAAACUGCAGCAAUGGUGGUUGUGGUCCCUGGACAUGUGAUGAUGUAGGAUUCCCAACAGGCUGCGUCAAAAUGGACCAAAAAUACUGUAAAGUUGGAUGUGUGUGCGAAGAGGGUUAUGUACGGCAAAAUGGAACUUGUAUUCCAGCAACUGAGUGUCCUUCAUGUGGUGGUGAUCCGAACGCAGAGUCAGGUUGUGGAGGUAACUGCGGAAGACUUUGUUCAAACUACAAAGAACAAAAUGUAUCUUGUACAACUGAAUGUCAGAAAAAUGCCUGUGAUUGCAAAAAAGGAUUCGUUUACGACGAAGAACAAGGAAAAUGUGUUCAUCCCAAAAAUUGCAUAAAAAAAUGCCAAGGUCCUCACGAGUAUUUUUCGUGUGGCGGAGCGUGUGACAAUGUGUGUGAGACAAUACAUGAACAGAACCAAACUCAUUGCCCUAUUAUAAACAUACAGUGCAACCGCAUGUGCUACUGCGAAAAAGGUUACGCUAGGGACAAAAACAAUACUUGUAUACCUAUUAAAGACUGUCCUCCAACUUCGUGCGGUGGUGACCCCAAUGCUAAAGCUGGUUGUGGCGUCAACUGUGGCAAACUUUGUCCCAAUCAGUACUCGAAACCUGUACCUUGUCCAAGGAUCUGCUAUCCGAAUGCUUGUGACUGCAAGGAGGGCUUUGUUUAUGACAAAAAUAUAAAACAAUGCGUUAAGCCCGAAGAUUGCAAAGAUAUAUUUAAAAAAUCAUUACCAACGUCAUUGUUUCAGCACCACUUUGUGGAGACAAUGAAGAGUUUUCGCAGUGCACCAAUGGUGGAUGUGGUCACAGAAACUGUUCCCAACUGGGACAACCGAUACGCUGUGUUAAAAUAA